AUUUAUGUACAGUAUAACACACCUUCAUAACUGUUCUUUGACUGAGAAGGUGAAGAAGUACUUUGUUGUCUGUGUUCGGGGACAAUAAUGGCUUUGUUUCAGUGCUAUUCUACAAUUCCAUCUUCUUCUUCUUCUGCAUAUAUUCAUCGAUCUUCUCCGAGCCCUGUGUCCCGGAAUUGUUUCUUCAAUGCACCAAUUUCUCGGGAAAAUGAUAGAAAAUAUACAACUUUAGUGUGCUGUUUGUCCAGUGCUCAUAACAAUUCAAGUUCGACCAUAACAUCUGUCAAUCAGUUGAUUGAAUCUCUGAUCAAUCGUGUCGAUUUGUCUGAGCUUGAGGCCGAACAGUCUCUCGAUUUCUUACUGAAUGAAGCUAAUGAGACAUUGAUAAGUGCGUUUCUUGUGCUGUUGAGAGCAAAAGGAGAGACUUAUGAAGAAGUGGUAGGAUUGGCGAGGGCGAUGAUGAAGCACGCUAAGAAGGUUGAAGGACUGGAUAAUGCGGUCGACAUUGUCGGAACCGGCGGUGAUGGCGCGAACACGGUGAACAUUUCCACCGGUGCUUCAAUACUUGCCGCCGCUUGUGGUGCAAAAGUUGCAAAGCAAGGGAAUCGUUCGAGUUCUUCUGCGUGUGGAAGUGCCGAUGUGUUGGAGGCUCUAGGGGUGGCAAUCGACUUAGAUCCUGAGGGGAUAACAAGGUGCGUAAAAGAAGCAGGAAUUGGUUUUAUGAUGGCUCCGAUCUACCAUCCAGCAAUGAAAAUUGUCAGUCCUGUGAGGAAAAAGCUAAAAGUGAAGACUGUAUUCAAUAUCUUGGGCCCUAUGUUGAAUCCAGCACGAGUACCUUAUGCUGUUGUUGGCGUAUACAAAGAGGACAUGGUCUAUAAAAUGGCAAAAGCACUCCAAAGAUUUGGCAUGAAAAGAGCAUUAGUUGUGCACUCAGAGGGCCUGGACGAAAUGAGUCCUCUUGGUCCCGGGAUAGUUCUUGACGUUACUUCAGACAACAUUGAGAAGUUCUCGUUUGAUCCAUUGGAGUUGGGAAUUUCUCGCUGUACACUGGAUAGCUUACGAGGUGGAGGCCCAGAGUAUAAUGCAGAGAUACUAAAGAGUGUGCUAUCAGGAAUGAGAGGGCCCGUGGCUGAUGCAUUUGUGUUAAAUGCAGCAGCAGCUCUCUUAGUCAGUGGACGUGUAAACACACUCGCAGAAGGAGUAGACUUGGCUCGUGAGACACUGUUAUCUGGUGAAGCUCUCAAGACCCUUGAUUUGUGGAUAGAUAUCUCCAAUAAGGUGAAUGAAGAACUGACCGUCACAGGUAAUUAAUGUCGACUUGAACAAUGAUAGCAGAGCUUUGAGGCUAGAAUAAUAAAUUUUCAGAAAUGUCCAUUUUUGCGGAUGAGACAACACAAAUGUUUCAAGGUUCAAGGUGAGCGGGGUUAGAAAUUCUCAAGUCAGUCAGCUAAUGUUUCUGUACUCUCUUCGUGUUGUAGUUUCAGUGUGCUCGGAGACGUAGAUUCAGUGAAAGAAAUGAAAUUUGUAACUUAUGUAGCCGUAAUUUGAAAUAAUUAGCUAUGUGAGCAAUUUUAUUUUGGUAUUUACAAAUUUUAAACAUCGGAUUUAAUGCUAUGCAUCAUAUUUAUACAAACAAAAAGCAAUAAAGCAGAAUCGCUUUGGAGGACAA